UUUUUCUGUCUGAACUCAGCGAUGUUGAUCAUUUAAAGUGACGUUAUAGCAUCCUGAAUAUGAAGACCGUUUCCGAGUACUUAGGAAACGUUAUAUAAAUAAUUUAUCAUUGCAGGUUUUGAAACAGUUUCACACCGAACAUACUUGCCGACUUCACUGUAGCUGUGGGUGUUUUUGAAAAUGUCUGUCAGACUAGCGAGGAUGGAGAGCGUGAGGAAGCUGAAGACGAUUGAAAAGGAAUCCACUGGAAUAAUCUGCUUCAUACAGAGGCUUGCUCAGUGUUGCCAGUCUGUAGGAACGCUUGUCAUUAUCGUGAGUCUCUGUCUGGUGGUUAUCGGAAUUGGCAUUGCAAAAAUGGUCAUGGGUUCUCUGUUCUUUCACGCCUGCCCUGCCCAGCCUCUCAUUCCGAUAUGGCUCAUUGUUGGAGCCAUGGUGAGUUUCCUAUACACCAGCGCUAGUCAAACAUCAAAAGUGGCAGGCGGAGAACACAACAAUGACGCCCGGUACGCUCGCGUCAUCUUUGGUGUAUUUGUCAGCCUGUUUACCUUCCUGUGGCUUAUUUUAGGAACUGUCUGGAUUGUUCAAGCCAACCAACACAUGAACACGUGCAGCUCUCAAACGUUAACAACUAUGGCGUCAGUGGAGCACUCUGGAGGACGUAACCAAACCAUCAACGUAACGUCAUCGACGGCGCCGCCGUCGGCCGAUUGCAACUCAUGUGACUCGCGGCUGUUCAACUUCGCCUUCGGUAUCCUCUUAACAGAAUGGAGUUUAUUGGUGCUCAUGCUUAUAGCCGGCUGCCUUUUGUGCUGCUCUUAUUGUUGCCUGAAAAUAUUUGUUUCGUAAAAAGCGAGAGACCCUAGUUUUUAAACAUUACAGCGCAUUUUCAGAGGGUCUUUUUACUAUUAUAUAUA